AUGCACAAACAUACUAAACCCAUCGGCCAGCGCAAGGUAUCGCCGCCGGGCCCCAGCUAUAUGAACAAUGACCAGAUGGCAAGUUACUUGAAAGACCUCCGAACCAACCGUCCAGCUCGACCAACGGGAUCGCGACCAUACCCUGGCAAAUCUACGACAGCAACCUCACCCGAUCUCGAGGAAAGCCUCCCCCCUCGAGCAGCAUCUGCCUUCUCCAUGUAUCGCACCUCUGGAAGCCCGCCUAAAGAAGAACCUCGCUGUGAAAGCGCCAUGUCCCACCGUCGCUCCAACUCCACUGCCGCCGAAGGUGGUCCAACCGGACGCCCUCUCGCCCAAGAACCACGAUCAGUCUCGGUGCGAAAGAACGUGUUUCCCUCGCAGAUCUUCUCGCGCCCCGUCGCCGCAUCCCCAGUCCCCUCUUAUCGGUCUUAUCGCGAAAGUAAACAACGACACCAGGAGAAGGAGGAGGCGCGAGAAUUACGCGACGCGCUACAAGGGCUAGAUUUGGAAGAUGACGUUCGAUUGCACCAAGCAGCACAGGAUGAGGCGACCGAGCUAGUGUGGAUACAUCAGAAUCCCGGCAUGGCGUAUAAGAACCCCUAUGCGCCUUAUCAUAACCCAGAUGCCGUGGGGAGAGAGCCUUCAAUCCGAAGUCAGACACCAAAGAGCUCUGGGUCGGGCUCUUCGCCAAUCAAGCACCGUCAUUCAAUUGCCUCGAGUGGUACCUCGAGUGGACCUUCGAGUCCCGAGUAUACGGAGGCCGGCUCGGAGUCGUCUGCCCGGAGGCGCUCAUCCCUCGCCGGGAAUUUGAAGAAGAACCUCAAGGUCAACUUUGCCUUGCCUGAAGAAGAGAAGCCAGCACCCAAACCCCGUACCGUGAGUGGUGAUUCCUCCAAGGGCGUCUUUCGAAAUCCCGAGGACCAUAUCUAUGAAGAGCCCCAAGCGACCGAUCCUCAACCCGACUUCUCCAAGUCUGAUUCCUCAGCCCUGCGGAACAAACCACGCAACGCGCUACCACGACUCGGUAAACCGCUCCCCUGGUUGCAGGGUAGGAAUACCACUGGUUCCGUGCGCGAUAAGAUCUCCAAGUUCGAUAUCCACAAGAACCCGCCAAGCCAAUCCCGUGAUCCAGGUUAUACAAAGAACGAGCCUGUUGCGCCGUCACCUCCUAGCAAGGAUGACGAGCCUAUUCCCAUGAAGGAUGGAAAGGAGAUCCGCAGUGACGAUAUCCGGGCCGCUACCAGCAAAAAGCUCAAGGACCGCAGUGAGAAGCUGCCCAUGCCAUCCGCGGUCAGCAACCGUAUGGGACGGCCCAUUGUGAGCUUUGAUCCCAAAUGGCAACCGAACGACCAGCCCAAGCCUAAGCCACAACCUCCGACAGUGGCCCCUCCAGUGCCUACCAUCACGGUAGCUCCCAGUAUUGAGAUCUCUGAGCCGCAGCCUCCGCCACCGAUCCCGGUCAUCAAUAUCCCCGAUAUUAAAGAACCAACAAUCUCCGAAAUGACAGAACCUGUUCAACAGCAAAGCAAGCCGGGGAGAUCAAUUCCACAGCCUCCAGGCAAUCAGAACCGCCAGCCUCCUGUAAGAAGACUCCCAUCGGAACCACAACGCCAUGCGUACACUCCAUAUACUCGAUCCGGUGUCCCGACAGCACGCUGCGAGUCCUGCUCCCUCUCCAUCUCUGGCAAGAUCGUCACCGCUGGAGGAUGUCGAUUCCACCCAGAAUGCUUCAUCUGCCACCACUGCCACACAGCUCUGGAGUGUGUUGCUUUCUACGAGGAGCCCGAAGCCUCCCGGGCCGAGAGACUAUCUCAUACUCAUGACACAGAUGAAGAGGCGCGCAUUCCGCGGUUCUACUGUCACUUGGAUUUCCACGAACUCUUCAGUCCCCGCUGCAAGAGUUGUAAGACUCCCAUCGAGGGUGAAGUCGUCGUUGCAUGUGGCGCAGAAUGGCACGUUGGCCACUUUUUCUGCGCCGAAUGUGGUGAUCCCUUCAACUCGACAACUCCCUUUGUCGAAAAAGACGGUUUCGCAUGGUGUCUCCAAUGCCACGGUCGUCGCACCGCACCCCGCUGUCUGGGCUGCAAGCAGCACGUCCUCGAUGAUCUGGUCAUCACCGCUAUCGGUGGACAAUGGCACGAGCGCUGCUUUGUCUGUCACGAGUGCGGUGACGGGUUUGGACCCGAGGGUCGUUUCUUUGUUCGUGAGGGUGAGCCGAAGCGUACUGCUAAGGGUCGGAUUAUUGGUGGGCCGGUACAGUUGGCUAUUUGUGAGCGAUGUGAGGGUAUUCGUCUCAAGGCUCCUGGGAUGUGCUAG